UUGUAUAGCUUAUUAAAUUAAGCACCGCUGCUGUUCUGCGUCGCCUACCUCCACUUUAAAGAAUUACACUCUUUAGUGUAGUGAAAUCCUCCUAGUCAUCAUGAAAUUCCUGAUUGUGUUAGCCGUGGUUGUGGGCAUUGUAUCCUGCCAGAAAGGAGGCGCUCCGAAAACAGCGGCCAAGCCGAAGACCGCCGCCGCCGCCCCGAAAGCGGCCGCCAAGCCCGCCGCGAAAUCAGCGUCAUCCUCCGCGGGAGACAGCAGCAGCAGUGGCAAGUAUGUCUGGGAUUACCUGAAGCCGGCUCUGGAUGCCGCGGAAGUAGCCGCUAUCCUGCAGGCCAAAUCUGGCGACUAUCCGACACUGGCCGAGAUCCCCGAUGACAGCAGCUUCGACUGCAGCAGCAAGAAGCAGCCGGGUUUCUACGCCGAUGUGCCCAGCAAGUGUCAGGUAUUCCAUCGUUGCGAUGUCAACGGGAACAAGACCAGCUAUUUGUGCGUCAACAGCACCCUCUUCAACCAGAUCACCCUCGUCUGCGAUUACUUCUUCAACGUUGACUGCGAGAAAUUCGCCGAGCAGGAGGAUUUCGCCAACUCCCGACUGUACACUGACAAGGAUCUCUUCGACACUCCCCCGGCUGAUUAUGUUGCUCCUCAAAGCAAACCCGCAAAUGCUAGCGACAGCGGAGACGAGGCCGCGCAGUCCGGUGCUACCACCAAGAAGGCGGCCGGCGGUGCUACCACGAAGAAGCCGGCUGGUGGUGCGGCUACCACCAAGAAAGCGGCGGCCGGCGGCAAAGCGACCACCGCCGCGGCAGCCGAAGACACCACUUCCGCCGCCGGUGGCGAGGAUACCACUGCUGCUGGAGGUGAAGAUACCACUGCUGGAGGUGAAGACACAACCGCCGCCGCGGGAGGUGAGGACACGACAGCUGCUGCUAGCGAAUAAUUGAUAAAAAGAUCUCUGAUCCACACUACCAAAGCGUGAACCCGCUGAACAGCGGUCGCGUUUACACUGGACGGAAGCGGUUCCGUUUUCCGGGGAGCUUUCUCUUGCGCCUUUGUUGACCUUUGUUUAACAGCUUGCUUAGUUUCUGCUUUUCUCACUCUGAUUUAUUGUAAAAAUCAAAAUGUACAGCUCACACGCAUAACGCGCGAACCGAUGUGAAAAAUAAACAUCUGCGAUUGC